CUUGGAGUAGUCGACAGAGCAUCGAUGGCUUUAUCCAAAAGUCAAAGGAUGGAAAACAGAACGGCGACUUCAUCAUGCAUCGCGAAUGCGGAACCCUAGUCGAUCUCAACCCAGCCGCAGAUCGAGCGGUUGGCAAGAUGAAGGCAACCAUUACUCAACGAUUCAGAAUCGGCGGUGAUGAUGCUAUGGGUAUUGAUCCGAUCGUGUUUGACGUGGACUGCGACAGUCGUUUUCAUUUCUUUUGCUUCCGCGACCUGGACACGAAGGCCUGGAAGGUCAAAUACGUCAAGCUAAUAUACGAGAAGGACAAGCUCAUUCCUGUCGACGGCAAGACUGUGCCUAGUUUCUCUAAGAGCACUCUUGAUAAGUAUCCAGAAGGAUACAAGUAUCUCGGUGCAGCACAGAGUAUGCUCGGACAUGAAAUUGAUAUCUGUCUUCCAACCAUCCAAAGUGCGGAAUGUGGGGCGGCCAACGCCUUGUGGCUGGAUCUGUACAAGAAGGUGGGAGAGUGGCUCGACGGUGCUGAGGACAUCGAUCUUUCAAGCACCUAAGUCCCCGUCGACACUGUCGGAUAGGAGAUGCAACAUAGAGUUUUGUGGCUUAUGCAUUGAUGAAAUAGCAUGAGAGAAGGGUUAGCCCCUGAAAGAUAUAUAUCAUUAGUUUCCUAGACGUACGUUCCUACCUAGGUAGGAAGGUAAAACAUCGAUAGCUGCUGAACACCCCUAGUUAGGUAGAUUAGUAAAUGACAUUCCUUAUAGUCCCACCAUUUUCCAUUGUUGUUAUGCGAGGUCUCUUUUUAAGACGUCAAAACACUGUAUGCUACGAGUAGAUCUCGUCAUCUUUCAGUGACAGCGUUGUAAUGAGUGAGGCUGAGGAGUGUCUUAUACACAGGGUAUUUUCGUAUUUUCGUAUCAAUAGGUUGAUUGGUCACAUUUUG